AUGACUACAAAAGACGCCGGUGGAUCAAGUGAUCCUGGCGUAGAUGUUGAUUUUACAGAGAGUGUAGCCAGUGCGAAGCGUGAUAUGGUCUUGCGUUUCGUGAAAGAUCAAGAAUCUCUGCAAACUUCGCAAGUGGUUUUGAAAAUCGUUGACGACGAAACCAUCGAUUUAAUAGAUUCAGCUCUCGUUGUCAAGGGAGAGGAACCAAAACUAACAAGCUCUGAUAACAGCGCAAAGCUUAAACAGAAUGAUCCCCGAUCUCUAUUAGGACAAACAUCAGCUUUGACUCUGGACGCGGAAAAAUCUAGUGGUCCAGACAGUAUAAUUGUCCCGCGUCCGCCAUCGGGACGACCUCGUACACGAAGCCUUGGCAGCCGUAAGCGAUCAGUACCGAGAAAUUUAUCCCGUCAGUCUUCGGUGGAUAACAUUACUCCUAGAGGCGUAAAAGAAGAACAAUCGCAUUUUAACACCGGUAAUUUGAUCGCUCAGGAAUCUAUAGCAAGAACCGAAAUGGAUAAUACUUUGCCGAGCACCGCCGAUAGUUCGUGUUCGGAUGUGAAUUUAAACGCUUCCUGGCCACGCGGAUCCAGAAAACUCUUCAUCCCUUUCCGGAAAAAGUCCGUCUAUGCGACUGGAGAGACUCCGUAUUAUUACAACACUCCUUUGGAAAACUUUUCGGGAAUCGAUAAUCAUUCGGAAGCUCUUCGUCCUCGAUCAAGCCAAAGUUUUCAGCGCGUACGAGUGGGUGAAAUAUUGACCGCCAGAAUUUCAUCGGCCAGCGAGUGCGAGCGAAUCUCCUGCGAUGCCUCGUCGCUCACAAGGCCGCCCUCGUACGCCAAUAAAGUGCACCGGAACUCGCGGCGCAGAACUUACAUUAAUUUCAACAGACUGGACGCGCAGAUCGCCUUGGAGGGGCCGCUUGAGCUGGAACAAGUCCAUCCGUCUGAGUUACCGCUUUAUAGAAGCAACUCGGCGGCAUCUUCAAGUGCACCGUACGCCUUAGUACAUGUGCCGCCCAUUGGAUGCGAGGGCCCCGCGCCUUCAAGCAGUUAA